GCCGACGAUUCGCGCCAGUCCACGCUCGUCCCUUUCAAGCGAUACAUGUUUCUCGUAAGCUAAGCAAACUUAAACGAUCGUCUUUACAGCGCUACAUCCGCCGGUCGUAGCCGUGACGUCAUUAAACUCAGCCCGACACUCUUUCACGCUAUUGGCAGUUAUCGUUGGAUCACGUGACACGGACUGCCUACCCAGCACCCCCGGCUCGGGAAUGGACGACGCUAGAGCUGGGCUGUCGCUCGAACUCGAGUUAUUGGGAGUCGUUUAUACGUUCCAUGACACUCCGACCGAACAGGUACUGAAUUGCGUCGACGGUAAGAGACCUUCUGACUGGGAAGUUAACGGCGUACGAUUACUAACCCUACCUACUGCAGCAGACGACAGCAGACGAGGCUUCCUGGCGAGACGGAGAAGCAGACGAGUCGCAGUUCCUCGGGUGUGUUAGCACGUCCAUCGACCACCUCCUCAAUGGAUUAAAAAGUGGAUUGUUUCUAUCCUGGAUUUAUCGGAAUGGAAUGCAAUUGUUCAGGGUACUGCAGCCACCGUGCUGGACUGGCCGGCCGGAGGUCGUGACACUACCAUCUAAGCCUAGGCAACCAGGAAGUAACGGGCUCGUCAGCCUUUUGUUUCAUCCGUAUCUUUAUUUUACAAAUUUCAUGUUCAGGUGAUUACUUUGGAAUAACGUUAAGCCAUUUGUGUGAUUUCUUUCCAUUGUCCGAUUGACAUGUCGUGGACUACUUACACCAAAGUCGAGGUGGCUCAACCUCAAACGUCGUCGGGAUCAAUUAAAGCUCAGAUUGAAAUUAUUCCUUGUAAAGUUUGUGGUGACAAAUCUUCAGGUGUACAUUAUGGUGUAAUAACAUGUGAGGGUUGUAAGGGUUUUUUUAGGAGGAGUCAAUCUGGUGUUGUAAAUUAUCAAUGCCCAAGGCAAAAAAACUGUGUGGUUGAUAGAGUGAAUAGAAAUAGGUGCCAAUAUUGCCGUUUACAAAAAUGUAUAGCACUUGGAAUGUCCAGGGAUGCUGUUAAAUUUGGUCGAAUGUCUAAAAAGCAGCGAGAGAAAGUGGAAGAUGAGGUGAGAUAUCACCGAGCCCAGCUAGUCCGUCCGCAGCAACAACAGCCACAGCAGGCUCAGCCACAACAAGCAGCACCUCAACCCACAGAAACCUCACCGGACAGUUCAGUCUUUGAACAACAACAGCCGUCCUCAACUAAUCAUCUACCGUACCUGAAUGGGGGAUAUGCAUAUAACAGUGACCUCACUACUUACACUCCAAAUGGAUACACGUACAAUCCUCAGGGCCUGGCUUUUGAUGUAGCCAGCAAUGAUUAUGUAGACAGCACAACAUAUGAUCAGCGACAACAACUUGAGCCAUUACCAGACACAAAUAGCCUUCUUUUAACGACAGUAUCACCUCAACCUGCAACAAAUACACAUUUAGAACUUCUCACAAGGACAAUAGCUGAUGCACAUAAUAGGACAUGUUUAUAUACGACAGAACAAAUAAUGGAAAUGUUCCUUAAAUCACAGGACAUUGCUCAGUUAAUAUUCUAUAAAAAUUUGAGUCAUGAGCAGAUGUGGUUAGAUUGUGCUCAGAAGUUAACACAGAUAAUUCAACAAAUUAUUGAGUUUGCUAAAAUGGUACCUGGUUUUAUGAAGCUUAUUCAGGAUGAUCAAAUAGUUUUACUCAAAGCAGGAAGUUUUGAAUUAUGUGCAUUAAGGAUGAGUCGGUACUAUGAUUUAUCUACCAAUUCUGUAUUAUAUGGAGAGCAUAUGUUACCAUCAGACACAUUUGUUCCAGCAGACACAACAGAACUGUCACUAAUUAAUAACUCAUUUACUUUUGCAAAGAGUAUAGCUGAAUUAAAGCUCACGGAAACAGAAUUAGCCUUAUAUUCAGCAUAUGUGCUCUUAGAUCCAGAUCGUCCAGGAUUAAGAGGGAUCUUAGAUGUGAAACGCUUGAAUAUAGCUAUAUCGAGGGCUCUAAAACUUGAACUUGAUCGCACUCACAAAUUGCCAUGCAAAGGAGAUGUGCGAGUGUUUGAAGUCCUUAUAGCAAAAGUAAAUGAUUUAAAAGAACUUAGCACACUUCAUAAUGAGGCUUUAUCCAAAUUCCGCCACAAUUCUCCACAUCUGGAAUUUCCAGCAUUACAUAAAGAAUUAUUCUCAGUGGACAUCUGAUUUCAGCAUUACUGCUUAAUAAUCCAAAUAGGCUGUGCCACAAAAUCAGCAAUAGAUCCAAAAAAAUGUUUUGACUGUCUUCUAAUUGCCAAGGUUGUGGUUGUUGCUACAUCAAGGUUCCCAGGCAGCUUAUUUUGGACAAAAGAAGAGUUCUGCUCCGAGGGAUCUAUGCCCAUGUUGACAACUUCCAUUUCAUAGAUACAUGUACAGUAACAUCGUUUGACUGGGGAAAUAUAGAAGAAACCUUUAGUCAAGAGCACUCGAGCACUAAAUAAAGUGCAAUCACACAGAGAGCAAUAAUGUGAUAAAAUAUGGGUCUGUGACAAAAAAGCAAGUAUAUUUGAAACAAAGAGAUUAUUAUAAAUAUAAUGUCAAGGAAAAUAUUAUUUGUGUAGAGUGAGAGAUCAUUAUGUACAAAAUAUAUGGCAUUCUUUGCUGUCAACAAAUUGUUACAGGAAGAGUGCUGUAGUUGAUAGAGGCAAUGUAUUUCUACUGCCAUUAUCUUCCCGCUGUUUGGUGGAUGGGCAACAUCACUUAUUUAUGAUGCACAUGUAUGUUCAAAUGGUAUUUGUAAAUUGUUUUAUAAGGUGUACUUUUUAGUUUUUCUCCUUCCCCUUUGUAAUGCAAAUAUUAAUGUUAUAUCAAUCCUAUGUCUCUGGUGUUCAUUGGAAGAGAUUAUUAUAUAAUUAUAUAUAUGUAUGUGUAUGUAUGUAUGUAUAUACAUAUGUAUGUAUGUAUGUAUAUACAUGCAUGCAUACAUACAUAUGUAUAUAUGUGUAUAUAUAAAUAUAUAUGUAUAUGUAUAUAUCAUCCCAGCCACUUAAUUGAAUAAGGUUGUCAAAGUCUGUGAAGUUUGAACGAUCUCACUUUGCCAGAAAUUUGGUUUCUCAAGUACAAACUGAGAUCAGAAUAUUUUGUACUAUGAGUCCCUCACUAACUUUUUUGAAAAUAGAAAAUAUAGUAGUAAAGAUAGUCUAAUAUAUAUAUAUUGUAAGUACAAUAUUUGUAUAUAUAAAUAAAUAUAUGUGUGUAUAUGUUAAGAUUUACUGCCAUUUCGAGAGAAUAGUUUUUAUAUAAGGAAUUACUGAAGAUGUCUUUAUAAUAUAAUGUUGAAGUUUUAGUAAUACACUCCUGAAACAAACAAAAUCAAAAUUUAAGUUUGAAAAUUGUAUAGAUUGACAGCAACAGUCAUGUAGACUGUGAUAAUCUUCUCCAUCUGUGAUUUGUAUUGGGAUGCAGAGAAACCUAAUUUCUGUGUAAAGCAGCUUCAGUGCCCCAAACUUAUUGCUGUAUUUUCUGUACUGUUAAUGGCAUAAUAUGAGGUGUUUGAAUGAAGAGAAUACAACAGUCAUGUUAGACCACUGAAGUGUUUUUAUCAGUAGAAUAAGAGUUGUAAGAUGAAUCAGUUAUUGUAUUAUGUAUGGUGAUGUCUAAUCAGGGGUAAUGCAUGUGGAAAAGUGAUAAUGGUUACUUAUUAGUCUGAUCUCGUUUUCAGAUACAGAAUGAAUUUUCUUUGGCAAUGGCAUCUGAAACUUAUCCCACCAAUCUUAACUACUUACAAUGAAAUAAAGAAAACUACCUCUGGGGAGACAUCACCAAUUAGUUAUGAAAUAGUAGUGGUUCUAGAGAGUUUUAAAAAAAAUGAAUAGGAAAACUAUUUUUGUAGGAAUAAAUCGGGCUAUUUAAAAAUUACAAAGGGAACAUUGUUAUAAAAAGUAAUUUGUGACAGAAAGGCAUGUUCUUGCCAUUCGUUUAUUUCUUGGCAGAAAAGCAGAGUGUCUUAACUAUACCUACUGUGUAAUAAUGGCUGGGUGGUGGAAAAUUGUUAUCUGUUAAUACGAUAACCAGAAGCGAAUUAUGGUGUGGUUUUUCCUUUUCUCUCUGAUCAUGUAAAAAAUGCAAACCAUAUAUCUUCUCUUUCUCUCAAUCUUUCCUCUUGUUGUUGUUUGUUGUUGUUGUUGUUCUUGUUGUUGUUGUUGUUGUUGUUCUGUCUGUGCAUUCAAACCCAUGUCAAACCCAUCCUCAUUCCUAUCCACUUUUACUCUCGUGGACUGUCCCUCCCCUCCUCUGGAAUGUAAAUGGAUGUAUAUGGAUUGUUUCUCUGAUUUUCUUCCCAACCAGAAAGAAUGCUUGAACAUGAAUUUGUAUCUGCUAUGUCUAUUAUACCAGAUACAAACUUUAAAAAAAUCCCUCUCCAUUAUCAUUAGAAAAUAUAACAAUAGGAUCACUGUUGUUUAAAAUAAAAUCCAACGUUAUAUGGAUUCUAUUUGAAUCUGUUGACUGAUUCCUCCUAAAAUGUGAUUUAGGAAAUAAAUAUUGAAAACAGCAAACAGUGCCUUGUUUAAUAGAAGGGUAAAAAAAAUUGAGAAUUCACAUCUAAGAUAGAUGAUGUAUAUUUUUAAGACGGGACAGAGAAAAGGAGUUUUGUUGUUGAGUCUCAGAUUGAUGCUUAUCAGAUCAUUUACUGCUGGUGGAAAACUGCAAUUAUUUUAAAAUUUUACGGGUUGAUUUAUUGUUUUUACUCUUUAUAAAUAUUAAAAGUUAUAGAGAAUUUAAAUCUCCCUAAUUUGAUAGAAUCAUUAUAAAGUCAUUCCGUUGUUUUGAUUUAAGUUACUUCAAGGGAGAUUUAUGAUUGAGUAAUGAGGCAAUUUGUUUCACUGCCAUGUAACAGUAUUAACACUGCAUCCGUCUUUCUUUAAUCACCAGUAGGGUAAGAUGGUUUGCAGUGGUUUUAAGGGCUGGUUGCACCAAAACAAAACUAUGGAAGUGGACAGUCCAUGAUCUGACAAAUUGCAGAAUAGUCAAUUUAUAUCUCCAUUUUACCAAUCCUUGAUGCAAUUUUUUAAAUACUUUUACAUUUUGUUAAAUAAUUUUUAUGAAUGAUAUUACUAUUAAAAAUUGAUUUAUUCCAACCAUUUUAUGACAUGCUGCAGGAGACACCGUCCAUCUGAAGGAAACUGAAAAACAAAAAAAAAAAAUGCUGGUGGGUUGGUAUCGGGUUGACUUUUUUCUUAGAAUAUACAAAUUUGUUUAAAUCCCCUUUUGUUGUUGUCUGCAUUGCAUAUUUCAUAUACCUCCCCUUGUCUGUCUCAUCAUCAUUUUAAUAGAACACUUCUGCUGCUGUGACGUUAUUUGUCCGGUAGUGUACACAAAUGUAUCUGCGCUGCAAGAAGUGGCAGCCAUGAAAAAUAAAG